UGCCUGCCGGGACUGCGCGACUCCUCGCCCCUCGACCGCGCGGAGCCAUGCUAGGCAAGGACUAUAUGCUGGCCAUCAUCCUGGUCAACUGCGACGAUAACCUAUGGAAUGACCAAAAUCUGGAAGCUGAUCUUGACCUUCCCCCUGGAUGGAGGAAAAUCCAUGACUCCUCCGGGACCUACUACUGGCACGUGCCCACGGGUACCACCCAGUGGCAACACCCAUCCUGCACCUCUGGUCUGGCCUACAAUGGACAAACUGCUUUACCAGAAACGGACCUCCAGGCUGCUGCAGUCAGGCAUGUGUCAAGGGAGAGGCCUAUCCCAAGUCCGAUGGCAUCACUACCCAGAAGGACGUCGCUGGCCUGGCACGGGGAGGAGCAUCAUCACGGCCACACAGAGCCUGGCUCCAAGUGCUUCAUUGUGCGUUCCUUAGGCUGGGUGGAGAUCCCUGAGGAGGACUUGGCUCCUGGUAAAAGCAGCAUUGCAGUGAACAAUUGCAUCCAGCAACUGUCUCAAAGCAAGUGUGACAAUUGGGACCCUGCUGACAGAUGGGGUGAGGGCCAAAACAUGGUGAUGAUCCUGAAGAAGGACACAAUGAGCUUAGUGGACCCUUUGGACCACAGUCUCAUCCACUGCCAGCCCAUCAUCAAUAUCCGUGUCUGGGGUGUGGGCUGCAACAAUGGCAGGGAUUUUGCUUUCGUGGCCAGUGACAAGGACACGUGUAUGCUGAAGUGCCACGUCUUCCACUGCAAUGUGCCUGCCAAGGCCAUUGCCAAGGCCCUGCAUGAAAUGUGCUCCAAGAUCAUGGCUGAGCGAGCCGUGACAAGUAACUUCCUCACUCGAUCUGUCACCCUUGAACCUAUCACGCCAGAUGACUUAUCUCUGCAAGUUGACGUUCUGGAUGCCGUGAGAGCGUCUGUCCAUAAAUACGAUGCUUUGUAUAUCGGCAGCGUACCAGUGUCCAAAGCCAUGGGGAUGGAUGUGCUAAAUAACGCGAUUGAAGGCCUGAUGAAUAACCGUGGCCGUGAGCAGUGGACUCCAUCUGUCAUGACUGUUUCGGACUCAGUGAUGCAAGCAGACCAGACUGAAGUUGAGGAAGAGGAGGAGGACACCUGCAUUUGGGAAUGCCAGGUCCGCUACGUGACUUUCAUUGGGAUUGGGAAAGAUGCCCACACGUUUGCACUCAUCACUGACAUGGGGCAACAGUGUUUUCAGUGCACAGCCUUUUGGUGUGAGCCAGAUGCCGGCAUCAUCUCGGAAGCAGUGCAGGCUGCAUGCAUGGUUCAGUAUCAGAAGUGCUUAGUGGCUUCUACAUCACAAAUGAGAUCCAAGAGUGGUUCCCGCUCCAUCCUGAAGAUGAAAAGGACAGUGUCAGUAGACUCGCCAGUGUGUCCAUUCCCUGUCACAGGGCACUCCCUGCAGAAAAAUGGCAGCAGAGCCACUAACCGCAAGCGGGGAAUCUUCUCCUUCUUUGAAGCAUUCCGCCAAAAGCAUUCCAUGCUACACACCCCUUAGGAUGAAAGACACCAUGUGGAAGAGACAGUGGGCCCCCGAGGAUACUUAACAGCAUCCUUCCUCUGAUGUCCAGGCUCAGAAUGUAAAUAGCGCACUGUACGCCAACAGAUCCAAGCAACACUGGCUCCCAAGCGAGGUCCCGGCUAAUUCUGGACACGCGACGCAUAUUUCUUCUAGUCUUUUGCUAUGUAGAUGCGAGGAGGAGG